AUGUUUCCUCUAAGGCAGCGAAGGCCGUUAACGCAGGCUGAUAUCGAUAGAUCGAUCAGUCUACAAUCUUCUCAAAUCAGAAGAGAUUUCAACGACCGACUUUCCGGGCAAGAAAACGAAAUGAAGACCAUGAUUGAAAGUUUAAUUAAAUUAAAGAUGAAUAAAACUAAAACUCCAAGAAAAGUAAGUGACUCAGGACCAAACCAACUAAAGACUCUCAUCGAUUCUGAGAAAAAUAUAUCAGUUGAAGAUCUCAUAAUGCCAAAAACAACAGAAAUAGGAGUUACAGCAACAUCAAAAGAUAUAGAUUGUACUUUCAAAGGAAUAAUCAAAUACUCUUCUGGAGAUCAAUUAACAAAACAAAAUGAAAAGAUAGACCCCGUAGUUAAAUCUAAGCAAAGAAAAAUCAUAACAAGAGAGUUGCAAAAAGGAAAAUACCCCCGACCACUGAGCCAACACGAUGACCAUCAUCAAAUCAAAACCAGAAUGUUGAGAGAUCCUAAAAUAAUGCCUAAACAAGUAACGUUGUCAAAUCGGUUAAUAGCUCCAAAACGUCAGUUGAAUUUUGAUAACGAAUUGAUUUCCACUAAAACUUCCAUGCGUCAACGGAUAACAAAUACUAAAAGUUUAAACGUUGACCGAGCUAAGUCUCAGAAAGUUAUUAAUAAGAAAAUAAGGUGA